GCGGGGCCGCGGGAGCGGGACAGGGGCCGGCGCCCCGGAACGGCGGGAUGGCACCUCCUUGUGCAGAGAGGGACGCACUUUGGUCAAAAAGAAGAAAUAACCACUAACAGCUGAAACAUACAUCUUCUCCACUCUGGCUAGGCAGGAGCAAUGGAGACUUCUGAUGGAGAAAGUUUGGGUGUAGCCACCUCCACCACUUCUGAUGAGUUUGAUGCAGUUGUUGGCUAUCUGGAGGAUAUCAUAAUGGAUGAUGAUUUCCAGUUAAUACAGAGGAAUUUUUUGGAGAAGCACUACCAGGAGUUUGACGACUCAGAAGAAAACAAACUCAUCUAUACAGACAUUUUUAAUGAAUAUAUCUCUUUAGUGGAGAAAUACAUUGAAGAGAAGUUGCUUGAUCGGAUUCGUGGGUUUGAUAUGGUUGCUUUCACAGUGUCAUUGCAACAGCACAAAGAUGAAGUGCCAGGUGAUAUAUUUGAUCUGCUUCUCACAUUUACAGACUUUCUGGCUUUCAAAGAAAUGUUCUUGGAAUACAGAGCUGAAAAGGAAGGUCGAAGUCUGGAUUUAAGCAGUGCGUUAGUGGUGACUAAAUUAAACCAUUAAACAAGUCA